AUUUAUAUACAUAUUCAUAUAUGUAUUUUUGAAGGAGAAAUUAUGAAAUUUGUUUAUUUUUUUUCUCUGCUAUUAUUUUUUAGUGGCGUAAAACCAAUUGAAGUCAUAUCUAUUGAUGAUUGUCCCAAAUUGACUCCUAGAUUUCAGAGAUCAGUUAGUGUGGAUGAUUUAAGAAUUGAUGAUAUAGAAGUGAUAGCAGCCUUAGGCGAUAGUAUUACAGCUGGUAUGCUAGCUAAGAAUAUUAAUACAACAUAUGUUGCUCGAGAUCAAAUUAUAGAAUAUCGAGGUGUGAGUUGGUUUAUGGGUGGGGAUCCGGAUGCACCUUCUGUGGCGAAAUAUGUUAAACACUUUAAUGCAGAUGUAUAUGGUGCUUCAAUAGGUCAGAAACCAGCAAGAUUAUGUCAAGAGACCUUCUUUUGUUUGAAUGCGCAUCAUGAUCCUGAAAUAGAUGUUUUAAAUGCAGCUCAAUCAGGAGCAACAAGUCAAGAAUUAUCGGAACAAGUCGACUAUUUGACAGAAUAUCUCGGAGAAGGGACAUCCUUAGCAAAUAAAUGGAAAUUGAUCAAUAUCUUUAUUGGUAGUAACGAUGUCUCUGUCUCGUGCCUACCUGGAAAAAAUAUAGAUACAUUUAAAAAAAAUAUGAAAUCAACGAUAGAAAAAUUAAUAGAUAAUAUAGAUUAUACGUUUAUUAAUCUUGUUGGCUUAUCACAGAAUAGUGAAUUGAUGAAUUUAGUUCAAAGACAAGCACUUUUGUCAAAGAUCAAAUCGAAUUAUAUAAUAAAGCUUUAAUCGAGAUAGCAGAAGACUUUAGUAGUAACUCAUAUCUUCAAGAUUUACUUGAGCCCUAUACUGCAUUAAGGUUU